UGAAAAUUGAGGAGCAUUGGAGCAGAGGAGGAUCCUACCUCAGUCUCAAGUUGGCCCAGUUCUCCAGCAAUCCAAUCACGCACAGCGUUCUAAGUAAGCUCAGUAGUGUUUGCCGGCGAAAAUAAGCUCCCAACAAUGGCCGAACCCAAGGUUAAAUACGAUCGCCAGCUCAGAAUAUGGGGUGAGCAGGGACAGGCAUCCCUCGAGAAAUCUAGUAUUUGCUUACUUAAUUGUGGUCCUACGGGUUCUGAAACUCUCAAAAAUCUUGUACUUGGUGGGAUUGGGAGCAUCACUGUAGUUGAUGGAUCUAAAGUUGAAGAGGGUGAUCUUGGAAACAAUUUUAUGGUGGAUGACUCAAGCAUUGGGCUGUCAAAAGCAAAAUGUGUAUGCUAUUUUCUUCAGGAGCUGAAUGAUGCAGUUAAAGCAAAAUUUAUAGAAGAGUAUCCUGAGGAAUUAAUUGAGACAAAUCCAUCGUUCUUUUCUCAGUUUACUUUAGUAGUUGCCACACAGCUUGCGGAAGAUUCAAUGGUAAAGCUUGAUCGAAUUUGUAGGGAGGCAAAUGUUAUGCUGAUAUUUGCUCGUUCUUAUGGGCUUGCAGGGUUUGUUCGAAUCAGUUUGAAGGAACAUACGGUGAUUGAGUCAAAGCCUGAGCAUUUUCUGGAUGAUCUCCGAUUAAAUAGUCCAUGGCCUGAGCUCAAGAGUCUUGCAGAAGGCAUUGAGUUGAAUGUUCAAGAUCCUGUAGCCCAUAAACACAUACCAUAUGUUAUUAUUCUUGUCAAGAUGGCUGAUGAGUGGUCCAAAAGCCAUGGUGGUGCACUUCCAUCGACCAGGGAAGAGAAAAGGGAGUUUAAGGAGCUUAUCAAAGCUAGAAUGCUUGGGCAAGAUGAAGAUAAUUAUAAAGAAGCCAUUGAGGCUUCUUUCAAAGUCUUUGCUCCUCGAGGAAUUAGUGCAGAUUUGCAACUGAUAAUUAAUGAUAGCUCUGCUGAAGUGGAUUCUAAGUCAUCAGAUUUUUGGGUGUUGGUGGCAGCUCUGAAGGAAUUCAUUGCAAAUGAAGGUGGUGGGGAGAUACCCCUUGAAGGAUCAAUACCAGAUAUGACAUCUUCUACUGAGCAGUAUGUGAAUUUGCAGAAUAUCUAUCAAGCCAAGGCUGAAGCUGAUUUUGUUGCAAUUGAACGACGGGUGAGAAGUAUUUUAAAAAAAAUUGGAAGAGAUUCAAAUAGCAUACCAAGGACAACAAUCAAAAGCUUCUGUAAAAACGCCAGAAAGCUCAAAAUUUGCAGGUUUCGCCUGAUUGAAGAUGAGUUUAAUUCUCCAAACCUACCUGAAUUACAAAAGUAUCUAACUGAUGAGGAUUACAGCACUGCUGUUGGAAUUUAUAUUUUGCUGCGAGCUGUUGACCGUUUUGCUGCUAACUAUAACAGUUUUCCUGGGCAGUAUGACAGUGCUAUGGAUGAGGACAUACCUCGACUGAAGAGUACAGCUAGUGGCCUGCUCAAUGACUUGGGAUGCAAUGGUGCCACUUUGGCAGAGGACCUUGUAAAUGAGAUGUGCCGAUUUGGUGCUUCAGAGCUCCAUGCUGUUGCUGCUUUGGUUGGAGGAAUAGCAUCGCAAGAAGUAAUCAAGGAAUGACCUCUAGUCUUAGUUCAGUCUUUUAUGAACCUUUACGAGCUCAAGCUAUGGAAACUUCACAUGAAGCAAUGAUUUAUAACUCCGACUAGAGAAUGAACUGGUACUCGGCAAGGUAGACAGCCUGGAUCACACCAUCGGAUCACUUAAAUUUGGACCAGUUAAAACUGGUAAGACUAGGGGAACUUGGAAUAACCUGUGUCUGGGCGCUGGGUUUAUUCAUAAAUACAUGUAAAUUUUGAUUUUGUAAAUUUAAAGUACCCUUCUUCCGUUUUCCUUUGCUAACUCUAUGAAAUUCAAUAAUAACUGAAGGUAUCUGUCCAUGCAACAAGCAUGGGAUUAGGGAAAAAAAAAUAAAAUAAAAUUCUAAAGAUAAAUGAGUUGCAAAUAUCUAUCUAGACAAUUGCAAAUAUGAGUCUUAAUAACAACUCAUCUUCCUUCAGAAUGUUUUGGCAUCCAUUGUUAAAUUGAUCUUUCGGUAUUAACUGUCAUUCCCCCGCUUAUAGAUAUAAAAUUUUAUAUAGCUGAUGGUCAAAUCUGUACUACCCUUAGUGAACAGCGCUGUGAUAGAGUUUUGAGAUAAUGGUUGAUUUGGGAAGAUAGAUAUUAUAA